AUGAGUUGUCCAGAUAGCAACAACAGGACAUCAUCAGUAGCGUGGAUGAACCCACUGACUGGAUUACCAUUUGGGAUCUCAAGUGCCUCAGAAGUCUUCCAGAAAAUUUUAGCACAACAUUUAGAAGGUCUAGAAGGUUGCUGCAACUCAGUAGAUGAUAUCUUAGUAUACACAAAAACAAAGGAAGAACACAAUGAGGGACUUUUAAAAGUUCUUGAUCCUCUUUGUAAAAUUGAAAUACGUCUAAAACAAACGAAAUGCGUCGUUGGUGCAACAGAAGUAGUGCAGUUGCCAUACCAACCAUUGAAACCAGGUGACCAAGUUCGUGUCCAAAAUGACAAAAUCUGGACACCGGGAGAGGUAGUAGCAGCAACAGAACAACCCAGAUCAUACCAGAUCCUAACACCCAAUGGAAAAGUACUCAGGAGAAACAGAAGUCAUAUUAGGAAAAUUCCAGGCAGCAGUGAGAAAACCAGCAGUGAACAAUUACCACCAGUUUCCAUAGAAGACAAUAUUGAAUCCAAUCGAAACACUAUAAAUGUUCAGAAGCCCAGUCCUAGAAAAAUUGCAAAACCGGCAAUUUGGGUUGCAUUCCGCCUGGAACCAGCUAAUCCUCAUGCUGAGAUUGGUCGCAGAAGUCAUAUUGUCUCUUGGGUAAUUGCGGUCAGAAAAUUUAAGGAAACAUAUCCAAAUAUUACGAUAGUCGAAAAUCAGUACCACCAUUCAACCAAGAAAACUAAGAGAGAUAAAGAAUUGGAAGUCAAGUUAAGAGAAGAAUUGGAUUGUCACUAUAAGAGGAUAAAAUAUGUACAACCAAUUCCAGGGAAGAGAAAUCAUGAAGUGGAUCUGAAUAAAACUUAUUCUGUUCUCAAAUUGGUUGAUAGAAAACAAAGAGAGAUUCAAAGAAAACGUGGCAAGUCAGAUCAAUGGAUGGUAGAAUCAGAAGACAAAGACAUUGAUCUUGAGAAGAUAUUCAUCUCAUCUGAUGAUGCAGAAACCCCACGACGUAUACUGAUUGAAGGGGAGGCCGGUAUUGGCAAGACCUCAUUAUGCAGAAGACUUGCUCAUGAUUGGCAAAGUCAGAAAGAAUAUAUUAAUGAUAGAUUUAAAUUUAUUUUUUUACUGGAAGGGAAAAAAUGUAGUAAGAGUCUUAAAGAAGAGUUAAGAGGACAGGGUUUGAUAUCUGAAGCCAUUGAUUGUGAUGAAAUGUGGGAAUAUUUGAAGAACAACAAUGAAGACAUACUUUGGGUUAUUGAUGGUUUAGAUGAGCUUUCUAUAUCUAAUGAAAGUGAAAUUGUGAAACUAAUAAAAGCUGAUAUCUUUCGCAAAUCAACUGUGAUAAUAACAUCUCGUCCAUGCAUGGAGGAUUUGUUAGAUCCUGAGACAAAUUAUUUUGACAGAAAAAUUAUAAAUUUAGGCUUUACUCAGGAGACUGCAGUUUCAUUAAUAAAAGAACAUUUUAAAUCUAAACCAGACCUUUUCAAUAUAUUUGAUUUAAAAGUCUUAGAGCAUUUUUCGAAUAUUGAAGAUUUAUUACGAAAUCCCUUAAUGUGUAUCAUUCUUUGCUUUUUAAUAGAAGAGAAAGGUGAGAUGAUCAGUAACCCUGACAUUAAUUUCUAUCAAUUGGUCAGAAUGUUGUCAGAUUGUCUGUUCAACAGAUUUUCAGCACAACACAAAUCUGAGUUGACUGAAUGCAAAGACAGAACCAGAAUGAUAGCUUUUAGGGGAUUGAUGCAAAGAAAACACAUGUUCACACUGAAAGAUAUAAAUAAUAUCAUUUCAUCCGAUUUAAAAGCUGAUGAUGUCUUGUUUCAGACAGGAUUAUUUAUGAAAGAGCUCAGUGUUACCAUUACUGGAGAUGAAAAUGACUUGUAUGUCUUUCCACAUAAGGCAAUACAAGAAGCAUUAGCUGCUCAAUAUGUAUAUUCACUUACAGAUGAGUUGGAAAGAAAGGAAGCUAUAAUUGGAAUUUCCCGCUCACGCUUAUUUUGGCCUCCUGUCAUAUUAGUGUACUUGUGUGUUUUAUUUACAGACAAAAAUGACACCGACAAACUUAAAGAACUAUUUAAUAUAUUUGUCUAUCAUCUCACGACACAUCAUUGUCCAAGUGGACAACCAGUAUUAUCUGGAUCCUCUGACAGCACAUUUAUAGAAUGUUUGUUAGUUUCCAAUGGUUAUCAGUAUUAUGCAAAGAGUUGGUCAGAGCGGUUCUCAUCAAAAAAGUGCAUCUUAGACUUAACCUCAGGCACAAAAUGUAAACACGUAGCUGCUUUGGAUAGGUUGGUUAAAGAAAGAAUGUUUGCAAACACUAUUACUUCUGUUAAAAGUUCUUCCGAUAACGAUAGACAUUUAGUUUCUUCCAUUCUUCAGCAACUUGCAAUCAUUAGAAGCUAUCACUUUACACCGUAG